AUGUUACUCAGCACUCAAGACCUUGCCACUGGGUGGCAGUUCAGAGCAACCUCACCCAAGCCCGACGAUGAGACCCAAGCUGCGGCCUUUGACUCUUGGCACCCAGUCAAAUCGGUCCCAACCGAGGUGCACCUCGACCUGCACCAAUCCGGACUCAUCCCAGACCCCUUUGUCGACCUGAACGAACUCGGCGUCCGCUGGGUUGCAGAUCAGCAAUGGACCUACCGCUGCCGAUUCGCCAGCCCUCCCGCCUCCGUGGCAUCUUCUUCAAUCACGGACCUCGUGUUUCAAGGCCUCGAUACUUUUGCGACGGUCUCUUUGAACCACGAGGUGAUUCUUGAAUCUGAUAACAUGUUCAUCUCGCACCGCGUCACUGUCACGGACAAGCUCAGGCCCGUCGGCACACUCAACGAGCUCAGCAUCACCUUUGAGUCUGCACGCCUUCGCGGCCUGGGGCUGGUCAAGGAACACCCCGAGCAUCGGCACAUCGUGCACCAGACCGAGAUCGGCCGGGGUCCCGUCCGCAAGGCGCAGUACCAGUGGGGAUGGGACUGGGGGCCGAUUAUGCUGACCUGUGGCCCUUGGAAGCCGGUCAUGCUCGAGACGUAUAGUGUCAGGAUCGAGGAUCUAGGCGUUGCGUACGCGCUGGAGGAUGACCUGAGUGGGGCGACGGUGUUUGUCAAUCUCAAGACUAGGGGGUUAUUGCCAGGACGGGGUGUUUCCUACGAGGUCUUGAUUGAUGGGGACAAAGUCGGCGGCUCGACUACCAGUACCAAUGCGUGCGGCGAUGGAGAGAUGGAGCUGGUUAUCAGGACGCCCAAGCUGUGGAUGCCGCGCGGCUACGGAGAUCAGAAACUCUACAGCCUGGAAGUGCGACUCCUCAGCUUUGACGACAAGACCGUCCUGGACAGCGCCACCAAGAAAAUCGGCCUUCGCAGCGUGGAGCUAGUCCAGGAAAAGGACAGCAUCGGCCAGUCGUUCUACUUCCGCAUCAACGGCGUCGACGUCUUCUGCGGCGGGUCCUGCUGGAUCCCCUCUGACAGCUUCCUCACGCGCACCACGCCAGCGCAACACCGGGACUGGAUCCUCCGCCACGUCGCCGAUGGUAACCAGGCCAUGGUCCGCGUCUGGGGCGGCGGCAUCUACGAGGCGGACGCCUUCUUCGACGCCUGCGACGAGGCCGGCGUCCUGGCGUGGCAGGACUUUUGCUUCGCCUGCGCAAACUACCCUGCCCACCCGGAGUUUCUGCGCUCGGUCGAGGCCGAGGCGAGACAGAACCUCCGCCGGCUCAGACACCACCCUUGCCUCGUCAUCUGGGCCGGGAACAACGAGGACUACCAGAUCGUGGAGCGGUACGGGCUGCAGUACGACUUUGCAGGCGACAAGGACCCGCAGUCGUGGCUGAGGACGAACUUCCCCGCCCGGUACAUCUACGAACACCUCCUGCCCCUGGUGGUCGGGGAGGAGUACGGGACCGAGAAAAACGCGCGCCUGGUCGCGUACCACCCCAGCAGCCCCUGGGGCGACGGCACCAGCACCACGCUGGCGGUGGACCAGACGGUCGGCGACGUGCACCAGUGGAACGUGUGGCACGGCGCCAUGCGGCCGUACCAGUUCCUGCCGGAGAUGGGCGGGCGGUUCGUCAGCGAGUUCGGCAUGGAGGCGUACCCGCACGUCCCGACGCUCGAGGGCGUGGUGACCGACGCCCGGCAGAGGCGGCCCGGCAGCAUGGCCAUGGACUUCCGCAACAAGGCCGGCGGGCACGCCAGGCGGCUGCUCGCGUACGUCGGGGAGAACUUUGACCUGCACGGCGUCGGCGGGACGCUCGAGGGGUUCGCGUACCUGACGCAGGCGAUGCAGGCGGACGCCAUGCGCGCGGCCUACAGAGGCUGGAGGCGCCAGUGGCGCGGCAGACGGUGCGGCGGGGUGCUGGUCUGGCAGCUCAACGACUGCUGGCCCACCGUCAGCUGGGCCGUGGUCGAUUACCGGGGUGUCAGGAAGCCGGCCUGGUAUGCGAUCCGGGAUGCGCUCAGGCCUGUCGCCGUCGGGGUGGGGAGGAGGUUUUUUGACUGCACAAACAGGCCGGCUGAUGAGACGUGGCAGAGGGAUACGGGCCACGUCGAUCCACGACUGGCGUGGGGGAGCAGCGAGAGGCCACAAGACACACUCGGCGACCUGUGGAUUGCGAACGGGACGACCCAGGACGUCUCUGGGAGAUUGACGGUAUCGUUUGUGUCCAUCAAGUCGGGCAAGGUGUUGAAGGACCUGCACGACAGACCGCUUCAUGUUGUGGCCAAAGCAAACGACAUAACAGAGCUCCAAGUCAAGCAGAGUCCGCCCGCGGCAGCGGCAAGAAGUUUCUUCAAUCCGGCCGACGAGGACCCAUUUAUCAUUCACGCCAGACUGGACGUUCUCGGCCACGACGGCCAGGUCCUUGAGACGGUACAAGACGUGUCUUGGCCAGAUCCGAUCAAGUGGCUGGACUUUGACGACCGCAAGGUCCAGGUCUCUGCUUGUGUGGAACAGGAGCAGGCCGUCUUGACGAUCAAGGCGGAACGGCCAGUCAAGGGCUUUGUGAUCCAGGAGAGCCCUGACUUGACGGUCAGCGAUAACGGGUUUGACCUUGUUCCUGGAUACCCGGCUACGGUUAAAAUAGAAGGGUGUGCUGACCUCAAGAAGUUGGUGUGGCGGUAUCAUGGGCAGGUCAGUGUUGGCGAUGACUGGGCAAGGGGCUGA